AUGUCACGAACGCUUAAAUUAUUUUUUGUCUGUAUAAGCAUCAUACCGCUAAUUCGCGGUCAAGAGAUACCACAAUGUGGAACGAAAGAAGAACAAAUGGAAUUGAAUGAAAUCUAUAAUGAAAUCGAUAAAGUAGACGAUGCUUAUACCUCGACUUCUCAACAAAGAUCGAUGGAUAAUCAACGAGUAUUUUUUAAUUACGCUACUUAUUUGCGCGAACCCACGCAAGACCGAGUUUUAUUAGGAUCUAAUAGUAAAUUAUACAUCGCAAAAUCAAAUGGUUACGGUGCAAUAACAUACAAAACUUACCGUUACCCGGAACCAAAAACUAAGACGUUAAAUGCUCAAAAUGAAUAUAAUUCUAGACCAUCAAACUUAGGUUCAGAUGUUGUGUAUCCUCAAAUAUUAGCCAUCUUAGAUUAUGAUAAUUACGAAGCAUAUGGUAAAGAUGUCUACAAAAUUACUCAGUCAAUCGCAGGAUUUUUCAAUAAUAUCGACAUUCGAUUCCGAACCCUCAAAAAUCCACAAGUAAGACUUCAUCUGGCUGGUCUUGUUAUUCCAACGGAUCGUGAUGCUGUACCCUAUAUGACAAAUAAUCUAAAAAACAAUGUCAAAGAUAGUAAACCUUUCGAUGCAAUGCAUCAAGCUGGUGAAUAUUUCUUGGGAAGCUGGAAUGGCGUCAAUGGAAUCCCUCGGGGCUCUUAUGAUAUUAUUGUGCUUUUGACGAAUAAGGAUAUGGAUGCCUAUGGUUGGGCUACGGUAACCGGAGCCUGUAACGGUGCUAAAUCAGUUGCUAUUAUGACUCACAAAGCGAAGGGCGAAAACGAUUAUUGGAUUGCCGCUGGCACCGCUCACGAGCUUGGACAUCUGUUUGGAGCACACCACGAUGGCGAUAACAGCGCAAAAUCGUGCGAUUCGAGUGCUGGUCACAUAAUGAGUGGAAAUAGAGGCAAAAAUGCUUUCACAUGGUCCGAAUGCAGUAUGCGUGACAUGAGAAAUUUUCUCAGGUAUUUAGAAUGA